AGGUCCCCUCUUUGCGGCGGGUCAGAGGUGAGGGAUGGCAGGCCUGGCCUGCGCGGGCGGGCCUAGCUGAAAGGUCGGCCUAGAGUUAGGCUCCCCGCGGCGCGAGUUGGAAGAACGCAGGUUAGACUCCGGCUCACGAGAGCAACUGACGUGAGGAACUGACUGUGGUGUGCCCUGGGCAGUCUCCACCCUCUGCGGAUCUGGGGCCCUCCAUCCGGGCCCGCGAUUUAGGGACGCCGCGGCCGGGGUCUUCGGCCCCUCUAAUCAGCUCCGGUCCUGUCUCUCUUUUUCCUGGCGGCCGGAUCCGACCCAGACCGCGGCCACCCACCGCCGCCCCCCGGCGCUCGGAACUGGAAGCAGAGUGGCCCGUGGUCUCUCGGUGAUGGCAGGGCUGCUUCUUCCAGUAGCAAAAGUGCAUUAGCAUCCUUCCGUUCCGUCUCUGAGCUCCGGAACCCGGGGAGUCAGUCAGGUAGGACCGACGGAAAAUACCUUUAUCCCGUGUCCUACCGGCGAGGAGACGGAAAGAAGCCCGUGGGCGAACCCACUCUUCGAAGACAGCACGAAAUCUUAACGGCAACCCGCACUCCCCUGCCUCUAACUGCCCCCCAUCGGGCUGCAGAAAGUGAGGGGGAGAGGAUUUGCAAACAGAAGAGAAACUGUGCUUGUUUGUCUAUGCUUGGCAUUUUUGCCAAGUUCCUUUUGUAAUUAUGCCAUCCGUUGCUUAUAUUUAAUAAGUGCAAGGACUACUGUUUUUCUUAGUUUAGGAGACCGGCUCCUCGAUGAUCACCGACUGGUUCAGUCUUCACGACUUAGUAUGCAUUUCCCAGAUCUCUUCUAGCUCUGGAGUCCUCCAUACACUUUAGAAUGAACUUCUCUCAUAAUCAAGCUGUACUUUUCUGAUCUUAUUUGUCAUUUCAGGAAGUGAGGUUCCUGAAGCAUAUUCAUAGUCCAUUAUUCUUUCAUCAUUGUCUUACAACCACCUUAUAUAGAAAUCUAUAGUGAUGACAGUUCAGUUUUGAUCUUAACCCACAAUUUAGAUUUUGGCAAUUCAGUUUUCUUUUUUUAUACUGUUUCUUGCAUGGUUUAUCUUCCCAGUCAUUGUUCACAGGACUCUGGAAAACCACUGUCAUCAAGAUGUCGGGGAUUGGAAAUAAACGAGCAGCUGGAGAGCCAGGCACAUCGGUGCCUCCAGAGAAGAAGACAGCUGUUGAAGAUUCAGGGACCACAGUGGAAACCAUUAAACUAGGGGGUGUCUCCUCAACGGAGGAGUUAGACAUUCGAACAUUGCAAACGAAGAAUCGCAAGUUGGCAGAAAUGUUGGACCAACGGCAGGCCAUUGAAGAUGAACUUCGCGAGCACAUUGAAAAGCUAGAACGACGACAGGCCACCGAUGAUGCCUCCCUGUUGAUUGUCAACCGUUAUUGGAGUCAGUUUGAUGAAAACAUCCGUAUCAUCCUUAAGCGUUAUGAUCUGGAACAGGGCUUGGGAGACCUCCUCACAGAAAGGAAAGCCCUGGUUGUGCCGGAACCAGAGCCUGACUCUGACAGCAAUCAGGAGCGAAAAGAUGACCGGGAGAGAGGGGAAGGGCAAGAACCAGCUUUCUCUUUCCUUGCUACUUUGGCCAGCAGUUCCAGUGAGGAGAUGGAGUCUCAGCUGCAGGAGCGUGUGGAGUCCUCCCGCCGAGCUGUGUCCCAGAUUGUGACUGUCUAUGAUAAGUUACAAGAAAAAGUGGAGCUUUUAUCUCGGAAGCUAAACAGUGGAGAUAACCUGAUAGUGGAGGAAGCAGUGCAGGAGUUGAACUCCUUUCUUGCACAAGAGAACAUGAGGCUGCAGGAACUGACCGACUUGCUCCAGGAAAAGCACCGGACCAUGUCCCAAGAGUUCUCCAAGCUGCAAAACAAAGUGGAGACAGCUGAGUCACGAGUGUCUGUCCUGGAGUCCCUGAUUGACGACCUGCAGUGGGAUAUUGACAAAAUUCGAAAGAGGGAACAGCGACUCAACCGGCACUUAGCAGAAGUCCUAGAACGGGUGAAUUCUAAAGGCUAUAAGGUGUAUGGAGCAGGGAGCAGUCUCUAUGGUGGCACAAUCACUAUCAAUGCCCGGAAGUUUGAGGAAAUGAAUGCUGAGCUUGAGGAGAACAAAGAGUUGGCUCAGAACCGUCACUGUGAGUUGGAGAAACUCCGGCAAGAUUUUGAGGAGGUCACUACACAGAAUGAAAAGUUAAAGGUGGAAUUGCGGAGUGCAGUGGAAGAAGUGGUUAAAGAAACUCCGGAAUACCGCUGCAUGCAGUCGCAGUUUUCUGUUUUGUACAACGAGAGUCUUCAGUUGAAAGCACACUUGGAUGAAGCUCGGACCCUGCUUCAUGGCACACGGGGAACCCACCAGCGCCAAGUUGAGCUCAUUGAGCGAGAUGAGGUUAGCCUUCAUAAGAAGCUGAGAACGGAAGUGAUCCAGCUAGAAGAUACAUUGGCUCAGGUGCGCAAAGAGUAUGAAAUGCUGAGGAUAGAAUUUGAGCAGACUCUUGCUGCCAAUGAACAAGCAGGUCCUAUAAACCGGGAGAUGCGCCACCUCAUCAGUAGCCUCCAGAAUCACAAUCACCAGCUGAAAGGGGAGGUCCUAAGGUAUAAGCGAAAACUGAGAGAAGCUCAGUCGGACCUGAACAAGACACGUCUGCGCAGUGGCAGCGCCCUUCUGCAGUCUCAGUCUAGUACUGAGGACCCAAAGGAUGAACCUACAGAGCUGAAGCCAGAUUCUGAGGAUGUAUCUGGCCAGUCAUCGGCACUGAAGGCAUCUCAGGAAGAUGUCAGUGAAAUGAAGUCCAAACGGGAUGAAGAAGAGCGGGAACGAGAAAGGCGUGAGAAAGAAAGGGAGAGAGAAAGAGAACGAGAGAAGGAAAAGGAAAGAGAACGAGAGAAGCAGAAACUAAAAGAAUCAGAAAAAGAGAGAGAUUCUGCUAAGGAUAAAGAGAAAGGGAAACAUGAUGAUAUCAGGAAAAAGGAAGCAGAAAUUAUCAAACAACUGAAGAUUGAACUCAAAAAGGCACAAGAGAGCCAGAAGGAGAUGAAGCUACUGCUGGAUAUGUACCGCUCAGCACCAAAGGAGCAGAGAGACAAAGUGCAGCUAAUGGCAGCUGAGAAGAAGUCUAAGGCAGAGUUGGAAGAUCUAAGGCAAAGACUCAAGGAUCUUGAGGAAAAGGAGAAGAAAGAAAAUAAGAAAAUGGCUGAUGAAGAUGCUUUGAGGAAGAUCCGUGCUGUGGAGGAGCAGAUAGAAUACCUCCAGAAGAAGCUGGCCAUGGCCAAGCAGGAGGAAGAAGCUCUCCUCUCCGAGAUGGAUGUCACUGGCCAGGCUUUUGAAGAUAUGCAAGAGCAAAAUAUUCGCCUGAUGCAGCAGUUGCGGGAGAAGGAUGAUGCAAAUUUCAAGCUCAUGUCAGAACGCAUCAAAUCCAAUCAGAUCCAUAAGUUACUUAAAGAAGAAAAAGAGGAGCUAGCAGACCAGGUUUUGACUCUAAAGACUCAGGUGGAUGCCCAGUUACAGGUCGUAAGAAAAUUAGAAGAGAAAGAGCACCUGCUGCAGAGCAACAUUGGCACGGGGGAGAAGGAGCUGGGUCUUAGGACCCAAGCCUUGGAGAUGAACAAGCGCAAGGCGAUGGAAGCAGCCCAGCUUGCUGAUGAUUUGAAAGCACAAUUGGAGUUGGCUCAGAAGAAGCUUCAUGAUUUUCAGGAUGAGAUCGUAGAGAACAGUGUCACCAAAGAAAAGGACAUGUUCAAUUUCAAACGAGCCCAGGAGGACAUCUCUAGACUUCGAAGGAAGCUGGAGACCACAAAGAAGCCAGACAACGUACCCAAGUGUGAUGAGAUUCUAAUGGAGGAGAUUAAGGAUUACAAGGCACGUCUGACCUGCCCUUGCUGCAACAUGCGUAAGAAGGAUGCUGUCCUUACCAAGUGUUUUCAUGUUUUCUGCUUUGAGUGUGUGAAAACGCGCUAUGACACGCGCCAGCGCAAAUGUCCCAAGUGUAAUGCUGCUUUUGGUGCCAAUGAUUUCCAUCGCAUCUACAUUGGUUGAUCCAUGUUAAGAAGAGGAACUGGCUGGACAAGCACUUGUUCAUUAACCACCAAACCUCUACCUCUUCUCCCCUUGACAGCUUGUCAGCUCCCUUUCCUCCACAGACUUUAUGCCCACGCUCUUCUCUCCAAUAGCUAGAUGACUUUAGGGAAAAAGACUGGUAAAUGUAAGUCUUGGGUUUUAGAAUGAAUUAGAAACAACUCUUCCUUGUCUUCCCUGCCAGCUGUGUUUAUUUUCUGUGUUAGGACCUUCCAGCAUUUUCUUCUUUGGGCCCCUUCUACAAUCUUGGAUUGUUCAUUCUUCCUGAAGAAGAAAUGUUGGUAUUUGUAACAUGGACAAAGGAACAAAGAAGAGGAAACAUGGUCUUUUUGAGGGAAGGACCUUUUGGAAAUAAGCUAUCUAUGGGCCCAGACUUUUAUUAAUUUGGAUAGCAUACUUUUUCUAAACUCAGAUUAUAAUAUGGCAUAAUUAUGCUACUCUUUCCUGGAUGGUUUGAAGCCUUAAUGAAAUUAUAUCCAGGAGAAUUCAACUUAUUUCCUGUUUACUAGCAAAGUAGCUUUUACAGUAAACUGGCUGUUUUGUUAAAAUUAUUUAAGUUUUAAAUAUUCAGCUACUUAGUCUUGGGGCCGAGAUAAUUUAAAAGAAUGUAGCCCCUUUUGUCUUAAUGAAAUCAGAAUUGGAAAAGAUGAGAUAUACUGAGUAUGCCUGGAGUAUUCUGAGAACUUGAAACUCUGACUGGUGAGUUCUGACUGACUGUCAUUCUCUUCUCCACAAGGGUUCUUGUGAUCCCUGUUUUCCAAAAGAUUCUCUUAAUAUUUCAGUAAGACUUUAUAUUCCAUAAGCUUCAAUUAAAGCAGGAUUCAGUUUGCUUUCAUUUGUGGUUUAUUCUUUUGAAACUUUAUCAGUUGAUUUUACACUGGCUGUUAAUGAAUUGUCUUGAAUCAAAGAUUAAGAAGCUGGUCAUAUUAUUUAAAUAAGUAUUUAGUGUUUUGAUUAAUUGAAGUUUUCUCUUAGUUUUAUUGAAUGUGUGGUGAGGGGAUACUAUGUCUAAAAGAGGUCAGUUGAUUUGACUGCUCAGUUCUCUUCCAUAGUUCACCAUGCAGUAAGAGAUGGUAAUUUGUUUCUCAGGGAAUACAACAUUGCUUGGUGCUUUGAGUUGAUGGUUCUUGAAUUAGUUUGACAGUAACCAGCACACCAGAGGUUGUCUCUCUUUGGUAGGUAUUAUAUAAAUUGGAUCCUUCUUGAUUAGUAUAUGUCCCAGGGAAUAGUUAACAGCAAAUUCCCUGCCAUUUUGCUGUUCCCAGCUAUAAUCAGUGGAUUUAAGAUGAAUUCUUUAAGAUCAUGCAAUACCCAUUUAAGCAAGGAAUCUAACCAGAGGUUCUACAAGGUCAUCAAGAGAGGUCAAGGUCUAUUGAUUCUUCAUCCCAGCAUUGGUGGGAUUAGACCCUGCUCCUAGUACAGGGCAUUUGCAUUCAGUAAUGGGACCUUGUCCCCUUGAUGUGCAGUCUUAUAAGGGCAAGCAUAAGCAUAAUUAUUGAGAAUGUUUGGGGAACACAUGUUUUGUGACACUAGCUGUUAAUGACAAUUGGCUAAGAAAGCCAGCUGCCCAGUGCCAGGGGACCAUGUGGCUCACGGGAUGUUGUAGAGGGAAAACACUAAUCUCAUAGGAAAUGGAUUUCGGAGAAGCUUCUCUAUUUGAGGAAUUAAAGAAUCAGGCAACAUACGGUGAACUCUCAAAGUCAUUUUCAGUUGAUGUCCAAAAAUGGCAGUGAUUAUUUGAACAGUCCAUGUUCCCUACUGAAGAUGCCAGUGAUUGGGCUUCAGGAAUGCCUCUAAUCACACAUCACAUUUCACUUGUGUCACAUGAAUAUUAUUUAUAAUUUUUCUCAAAUCCUUAAAGGAAUUUAGAGACAUAGUGGGUUGAAUCACAGCUCUAGAUUCAUGGGAAUUUUAAAGGGUAAAUACUGGAAAGCUAUUCAAUUUAAAGUAAAAAACAUUUAAGAUUUUAUAGAAAUUCCCUCUCCCUCUCUUUCUGACUGUCUUUGAUUUCAUUGUUACUUUGAAAAUGUAUUAAUGGUAUCGACCCAAAUCAGGCAUGUUUGAAGGCAUUUAUUUUCAUUACAUUUCUUUUCCAGUGCUGUUUCUGCUAUAUAUAGCAUUCAUCAUGACUUUCCAUUGGAUUCCUUGAUUUUCUUAUUUUAUGUUUAUUUCCGCAAGCAUUCUUGUUUUUCAAGGACAAGAGUUCUGUGCUUAGAAAAUAAGGAGGAGUAAUGGAUAUGAUUUGAUGUUGUAAAGACAAUAAAGAAAUGCUCAUCUGUCUUUUAGA